AUGUCCCUCCAUACCCCCCUCUGCUCCCUCCUUCACAUCCAACACCCCAUCCUGCUGGCCGGGAUGGCACGCACUUCAGGCGCCGCUCUCGCUGCCGCAGUUUCCAACGCUGGAGGUCUAGGCACCAUCGGUGGACUCGGAUACAAGCCGUCCCAGCUGCGAGAGAUGCUGACCGAACUGAAGAGUCUGCUGCGUGACCCGUCACUGCCCUUUGCGGUUGACCUUGCUCUCCCGCAGGUCGGCGGUGGCGCGCGUGCGACCAACCACGAUUACACGGAGGGCCAUCUGGACGAACUGAUCGAAGAAGUUAUCUCGGCAGGAGCCAAGCUGUUUGUCUCUGCCGUCGGGGUACCGCCGGCACGCACGAUCCGGCGCUUACACGAGGCCGGAAUCCUGGUGAUGAACAUGGUGGGCGCGCCACGGCAUGCAGAGAAGGCGCUGGAGGCGGGCGUCGACAUUGUGUGUGCGCAGGGCGGGGAAGGCGGCGGCCAUACGGGAGAUGUCCCAUUCUCAGUGCUGGUGCCUGCUGUCGUGGAUGUGGCGAGCCGGUACACGAGCCCGCUGACAGGGCAGAAGGUGCUGGUGGUGGCCGCGGGGGGGAUCAAUGACGGACGCAGUCUGGCGGCUUCGCUGAUGCUGGGCGCAGCGGGUGUUUGGGUCGGCACGCGGUUUGUGGCCACUGUUGAAAGCGGCGCCAGCAAGCUUCAUAAGGAGGCUGUCGUCGCCGCGCGCUUCGGCCAGACGAGACGCACCCUGGUCGUCUCCGGGCGACCGCUGCGUAUGCUGCCCAACCAGUAUAUUGACGAGUGGGAAAAGAAACCGGAGGAGAUUGCGCGCCUGACAGCUCGUGGGGUCGUACCGUUGGAAGACGAUCUCGAACAUGGUAGGGAGAUCGACCUGCCCUUCCUCAUGGGCGACGUCGCGGCUGUUAUCCGUGAGAUCAAGCCAGCGGCCAUUAUCGUGCAAGAAAUGGUUCAACAGGCGACGGAGGUAUUGACGCGGGGGGCGUCCUAUGUCCAGGGGCCGACAAGCAAGCUAUAG